UAAUCUCCUCACUAGCUUUCCCUUCUCUUUCCCCAGACAGCAGCCCGAGCCGCCUCCUUCAAGAUCCAGCGCCGCCGCCUGGGGUCUGCCCGGCCACCGGCUACGCUCAGCAGCGCCGCCGCGCCCCUGAUGUGUGCCUGGCCUGGUGCCCCGCAAUAGCCGCUCCUGCCGGGCUCCACGCACCGCCGCAGGUCGCGACCGCCAGCAGCACCACAGCAGCGUGGGGCACGGACGCCGCAGCAGCCGCGUGCGCCGUGUGCGCCGGCCGCUGGCCGCCCCGUCGGGUGCAACGAGGGAUCGCGGUGGGCGGCGCGAGGGAGCAGAUCGAGGCGGCGCGGGACGAGCUCGACGUGCAGCGGGAGCAAAUCCGGGCUUCCCGCUUGCGCGCUGCAGCCACCUCCCACACUGCGGCGGCGCUGCUACUUCUCCUCGACGUCUGCCGCCUAAGCCUCCGCCACCUCCUCGGCGCCCCGCGAUGUCUUCAUCUCCGGAGAUGAGUGUGCUUAACCUCAGGAUCCACAAGGGCCUACUGGACUGCAAUUAUUGCCGCCAACCCCUCCUGCCUGACAAUUGGUGGCGCAUAACUUACAUGUGCGCUGGCGGCCACAUCUUUUGUCGGGAGUGCACCAGCCAACACAAGAAGGCAUGUAUCUCCUGCUGCCAUUUGCUGGACGGGAUCAUGGCUCAGAUGAAGUUCAAAUGCAACUUCUGCGACUCUGGAAAUAUCUCCUACUUCAGGUUUUUGGGACACGUGUGCGACCACCCCCUCCCUCGCGAGGUUAUGGGUCGGCAGAUCGAGUCCGUCUUUGCUUUGGGGGAGUGCACCCUCACCGCGGAUCUCCUUGCCUGUUCUGAAUGCAACCUUCCGCUCCGACCUCCCAUUUUCAGGCAUCUCUCUCGUAACAGUCCUGUUUGUAGCGCCUGCUACUGCGGUGAUAUCGACAAUUACCUUCACUACAGGGAACUCGACUACCUCGUCCAAGGUAUCACAGUGAAAUGUGUGGCUUGUGAAGAAUACCUUCCAUUCUCCACCUUGGCUUCGCACCAGCUGGGUGAUUGCCCAUUCAAGCAUAAAUUGCAAAAGAUCGCCCCAGGCUCAAGUGCCCAGAAAAACUUGUGUGGUAACACAUGCAUGCCUCCCACCUCUGCCCCCCCACUUGGUUAUGCAUUAAUAUGGGCGGAGUCUUAUAUGCACCCAGGCCCCAGCUCGACGCACGCCGGCGAGGACACGCGCCCGGCGCCAUGA